CGAGCAGCAGCUUCUCCAGCAUCCAAGAAGCCGGGGCGCUGUUCGCACCCGCCUUGUCUUUCAGCUCAAGUCUGAAUCUCUUGUUCCAAAAUCCACUUGUCGGUGGACGCCCCGGGCACAGCCCGAGGUCACGAUGGAUCUUGAAGGAGGCCGCAGUGGAAGAAGGGGGAAGAAGAACUUCUUGAAAAUUAACGAAAAAAGUAAAAAAGAUGAGAAGAAAGAAAAGAAACCAACUGUCAGUGUAUUUGCAAUGUUUCGCUAUUCAAAUUGGCUUGAUAGGUUGUAUAUGUUGCUGGGGACUACGGCUGCCAUCAUCCACGGAGCUGGACUCCCCCUCAUGAUGCUGGUUUUUGGAGAAAUGACGGAUAGCUUUGCUAAUUUAGGAAAUUUAGGAAACAUGACUAGUCUAGGUAAUGGCAGCGGUACACCUCUCAACAAUCUGGAGGAGCAAAUGACCACGUAUGCCUAUUAUUACACUGGAAUUGGUGCUGGUGUGCUUGUUGCUGCCUACAUUCAGGUUUCAUUCUGGUGCCUGGCAGCUGGAAGACAAAUACACAAGAUUAGAAAACAGUUUUUUCAUGCUAUAAUGCAACAGGAGAUAGGCUGGUUUGACGUGCAUGAUGUUGGGGAGCUUAACACCCGGCUCACAGAUGAUGUCUCCAAAAUUAAUGAAGGAAUUGGUGACAAAAUUGGAAUGUUCUUUCAGUCAAUAGCAACCUUUCUCGCCGGUUUUAUAUUAGGAUUUACACGUGGUUGGAAGCUAACCCUUGUGAUUUUGGCCGUCAGUCCUCUUCUUGGACUGUCAGCUGCCAUGUGGGCAAAGAUACUCUCUUCAUUUACUAAUCGAGAACUCUUGGCGUAUGCAAAAGCUGGAGCAGUCGCUGAAGAGGUCUUGGCAGCAUUCAGAACUGUGAUUGCAUUUGGAGGACAGAAGAAAGAACUGGAAAGGUACAACAAAAAUUUAGAAGAAGCUAAAAGAAUUGGGAUAAAGAAAGCUAUUACAGCCAACAUUUCUAUUGGUGCUGCUUUCCUGUUGAUGUAUGCAUCAUACGCUCUGGCAUUCUGGUAUGGGACCUCCUUGGUCCUCUCAGGAGAAUAUUCUAUUGGGCAAGUACUCACUGUCUUCUUUUCUGUAUUGAUUGGGGCUUUUAGUGUUGGACAGGCAUCUCCAAACAUUGAAGCAUUUGCAAACGCAAGAGGAGCAGCUUAUGACAUUUUCAGGAUAAUUGAUAGUAAGCCAAGCAUUGACAGCUAUUCGACGAGUGGGCACAAACCAGAUAAUAUUAACGGAAAUUUGGAGUUCAAAAAUGUUCACUUCAGUUACCCAUCUCGAAAAGAAGUUCAGAUCUUGAAAGGCCUCAACCUGAAGGUUCAGAGCGGGAAGACGGUGGCCCUGGUUGGGAACAGCGGCUGCGGGAAAAGCACGACAGUCCAGCUGAUGCAGAGGCUCUAUGACCCCACGGAGGGCGUGGUCAGCAUUGAUGGACAGGACAUUAGGACCAUAAACGUAAGGUAUCUUCGGGAAAUUACUGGUGUGGUGAGUCAGGAACCUGUGUUGUUUGCCACCACAAUAGCUGAAAACAUUCGCUAUGGCCGUGAAAAUGUCACCAUGGAGGAGAUCGAGAAAGCUGUCAAGGAAGCUAAUGCCUAUGACUUUAUCAUGAAACUGCCUAAUAAAUUUGACACCCUGGUUGGAGAGAGAGGGGCCCAGCUGAGUGGUGGACAGAAGCAGAGAAUCGCCAUCGCACGAGCCCUGGUUCGUAACCCCAAGAUCCUCCUGCUGGACGAGGCCACAUCAGCCUUGGACACUGAGAGUGAAGCAGUGGUUCAGGUGGCCCUGGACAAGGCCAGAAAAGGCCGGACUACCAUUGUGAUAGCUCAUCGCUUGUCUACAGUUAGAAAUGCUGAUGUCAUCGCUGGUUUGGAUGAUGGAGUCAUUGUGGAGGAAGGCAAUCAUGAUGAACUCAUGAAAGAGAAAGGCAUUUACUUCAAACUUGUCACAAUGCAGACAAGAGGAAAUGAAACUGAAUUAGAAAAUGCAAUUGGUGAAUCCAAAAGUGAAACUGAUGCCUUGGAAAUGUCUCCAAAAGAUGCAGGAUCAAGUCUAAUAAGAAGAAGAUCAACUCGCAAGAGUAUCCGUGCACCACAAGGCCAGGAGAGAAAGCUUAGUACAGAAGAGGCCCUGGAUGAAAAUGUACCUUCCAUUCCCUUUUGGAGGAUUCUGAAGCUGAAUAUAACCGAAUGGCCUUAUUUAGUGGUUGGUACAUUUUGUGCCAUUAUAAAUGGAGGCCUGCAACCAGCAUUUGCAGUAAUAUUUUCAAGGAUUAUAGGGGUUUUUACCAGAGAUGAGGAUCCUGAAACAAGACGACAGAAUAGUAACAUGUUUUCACUAUUGUUUCUCGUCCUUGGAAUUAUUUCUUUUAUUACAUUUUUCCUACAGACACAGAAGUUUCCAACCUUGGGGGAUGGAGAGGGCAGUGCAGAAAAUUCUCUUUCUGGCUACACGUUUGGCAAAGCUGGAGAGAUCCUCACCAGGCGGCUCCGAUACUUGGUUUUCCGAUCGAUGCUGAGACAGGAUGUGAGCUGGUUCGAUAACCCUAAAAACACCACUGGAGCAUUGACUACCAGGCUUGCCAACGACGCAGCUCAAGUUAAAGGGGCUAUAGGUUCCAGGCUUGCUAUAAUUGCCCAGAAUAUAGCAAAUCUUGGGACAGGCAUUAUCAUAUCCUUCAUCUAUGGCUGGCAAUUAACACUUUUACUCUUAGCAAUUGUACCCAUCCUUGCAAUAGCAGGACUUGUUGAAAUGAAAAUGUUGUCUGGACAAGCACUGAAAGAUAAGAAAGAACUAGAAGGUGCUGGGAAGAUCGCUACUGAAGCAACAGAAAACUUCCGAACUGUUGUUUCUUUGACUCGGGAGCAGAAGUUUGAAGAUAUGUAUGCACAGAGUUUGCAAGUCCCAUAUAGAAACUCCUUGAGGAAAGCACACAUCUUUGGAAUCACAUUUGCCCUCACCCAGGCAAUGAUGUAUUUUUCCUAUGCUGGCAGUUUCCGGUUUGGUGCCUACCUGGUGGCACAUCAGUUGAUGAGCUUUCAGAAUGUACUUUUGGUAUUCUCAGCUGUUGUCUUUGGUGCCAUGGCAGUGGGGCAGGUGAGUUCAUUUGCUCCUGACUAUGCCAAAGCCAAAGUGUCAGCAGCCCACAUCAUCAUGAUCAUUGAAAGAACCCCUGUGAUCGACAGCUAUAGCACCGAAGGCCUACAGCCAAAUACACUGGAAGGAAAUGUGACCUUUAAUGAAGUCGUGUUCAACUAUCCCAUUCGACCAGAUGUCCCAGUGCUUCAGGGGCUGAGUCUCGAGGUGAAGAAGGGCCAGACGCUCGCCCUGGUCGGCAGCAGCGGCUGUGGGAAGAGCACGGUGGUCCAGCUCCUUGAGAGAUUCUAUGACCCCUUGGCUGGAACAGUGCUGAUUGAUGGCAAAGAAAUAAAGCACCUGAAUGUCCAGUGGCUGCGAGCACACCUGGGCAUCGUGUCCCAGGAGCCCAUCCUGUUUGACUGCAGCAUUGGUGAGAACAUCGCCUAUGGAGACAACAGCCGGGUCGUGUCACAGGAAGAGAUUGUGCAGGCAGCUAAAGAGGCCAACAUACACCGCUUCAUCGAGACACUGCCUAAUAAAUAUGACACCAGAGUAGGAGACAAAGGGACUCAGCUCUCUGGUGGCCAGAAACAGCGCAUUGCCAUAGCUCGUGCCCUUGUGAGACAGCCUCAGGUUUUGCUUUUGGAUGAAGCUACAUCAGCUCUGGAUACAGAAAGUGAGAAGGUUGUCCAAGAAGCUCUGGACAAAGCCAGAGAAGGCCGCACCUGCAUCGUGAUCGCUCACCGCCUGUCCACCAUCCAGAACGCAGACUUAAUAGUGGUGAUUCAGAAUGGCAGAGUCAAGGAGCACGGCACACACCAACAGCUGCUGGCGCAGAAAGGCAUCUAUUUUACCUUGGUCAGCGUCCAGGCUGGAGCAAAGCGCUAGUGAACUGUGACCAUAUGAGCUGUUAAACAUUUUCUAAUAUUUGUUAAAUGUGGCAUUUAAUCAAAGUUAAGAAGCGAGUGCUUACUCAAUAAACUAUGUAGAGUUACCUGUUUAACAUUUCCUGCCACAGUGGGAGAUCAUUCUACCAAGUUCUGAAUCUUCAGAGACUGUAAUGAAAGGAACAGAAAGAAACAUCAUGAAACGGAAUAAAAUAAUGGUUUUAAUUGCAUUAUGAAACUUAUAAAAUACUUCAAAGUAGAUUUUGGUAAUAAAGUGUAUAAUCGUGGUUUAUAUUUUCUUAUUUGGACUAUAGCUGACCGCCUUGCUAAAAUUAUAGAAGUAGCAAAAGGUACUCAAUGUUUGCACAAAGUGCCUAUAAUAAAACUAAACUUUUAUAUGA